AUGCCAGGAUUCCAAACAAGUAACUUAUUAGUAGUCUCCUUGGUGUUGGCAUUGGCAACCUUCCUGGAGGUCUGCAGGGCAUGUCAGCUUGGCUCUGCCACACAGUGUGAGAAAUCUCCCUUCGUGCCUGGCUACAACCUUGCUGGGGAGGGUUUCGAUGUGGUACGGAUGCGUCGGACCGGGGCGUAUGUCAUUAAUGUCAAGGGUCAUCUGGCUGACAAUCACACAUGCACACUGUGUCCAAACCGCUUUCACAAAGGACAGAUUCAGAGGCUUCCAGCGGCUGUGUUGGACUGGCGCCCCUUCAGCCGUUGUAGCAAGCAGCUUACUAGUGCCCUCCACCACUCGGUGGACUCCCUGCUGCGCAGCUCCAGCUCGCUGGUGAACAACAACUGGAGUGUUGGUUUGAGCCUUGAUAAAAUCGGCAAGGUAGUGCUGGGAGGGAGCCGCUCAGACUUGGCCAAGUUUGCGCGAUCUCAGCACAGCAUGGACAAAGCUACUUUUGCCAUCCAUGAAAUCAGUUGCACCUACUACAGUUACAGGCUGGCUGAUCACCCCCAACUAAGCACAGAAUUUACGAAGCAUCUGAAAAGACUCACACGGAAUAUCAUGACAAGCCAGAGCAAAGCCAUGUACAGACGACUUAUUGACACCUACGGGACACAUUACAUCCACCAGGUUCAACUUGGUGGCAAGGUGAGGCGAAUCACAGCCUUCAGGACCUGCCUGGCCACACUCAAAGGCUAUAAAGAGGCAGAGAUUAAAAACUGCCUGAAUGCUGAACUCCGCAUGGCCUUGGGUUUCCUACCUGCCAAUGCAUCCUUCUCAAACAAGUGUGACAGCCUGAUGAAGGGAAACCUGAGCCUUGGCUUCUAUCAAGGCUUCAUGACCCAUAAAACUGAAGUCAUUGGAGGGGAGAAAUACUUUCCGGACAUCCUCUACCAGCAGGACCCUUCAGAAGCCUAUCAAAGUUGGAUGAACAGUCUCCAAGAAAACCCAGACGUUGUUUCGUACGGGAUUUCCCCUCUGCACCAUCUGGUAGAGGACCCUCAGAUUAGCGAUAACCUGAGAGAUAUCAUCUCAGAGUAUAUUCAAGAGAACAAACUGCAGGAGGAGGAGCUGGGUUUAAAGAAUUGCUCUCCGACCCCAAACCUCGACCAUAACUGCUGUCCUUUGCGGGGUGGUCGUGGAACUCUUAAACUGGAGAUCCACAAAGCUGCUGGUCUUAAGGCUGACACUUUUACCAAAACAGACGCCUUUGUGAAGAUCUUCUACAACGGUGUGUACGAGGAGACGCCAACAGUGAUGGACGACAACAACCCUGUGUGGAACGCCACCUAUGACUUUGGUUCGGUGGAGGUGGGGCAGGAGUUGCGGUUUGAAGUCUGGGACAGAGACGUGCUUUACAACGAUCAAGCGGGGAUUUGUCUCGUUUUUCCUGAGCGCGGACAUCAUUCCCUAAGCUGUCAACUGAGAAAAGGAGUCCUCUACUUUUCAUACAGUAUCAAAUGCGACGCUCACUUGUCAGGCUACAGGUGUGGACGGUACUCGCCCACUGCAGAGUAG